UCUCUGCUAUGAGCAUCAUGUCUGUAUUUACUCUGCCCUGGGCUCUGCUGAUGCUGGCCUCCGCAGUCACAGCCUCACACUUCUAUGGAGGGUCAAUGACAUUCAGUCCAAAAAGAAAUGCUGAUGGUACAUUUAUGGUGGACAUUCGCUUCAAAGCUGCCUAUCAUACCUGUGAUACGUAUGAUGACUGGGUUUGCGGGUCUGGAAACUGUGGCAGUAAAAGCAGUUAUGUGGGUGCUCGUAUAGAUUCCAGUAGCAAAGGUGGCAGCUGGUGUCAGACAGAGGGGGUCAUGAAAAGAACCGUCGCCAACAAUAACAGCCCAUUUAAACUGCAAAAAAGUAGCUGCUGCUGGAUUUAUAACACAAUCACAACUGGUGGAAACUGGAAUCUUCUCACACACAUUGACCUUGGAUUGAGAUCUGACACAUCUCAGCCCAACAGAUCUCCAGUCGCCACCACACUGCCUAUUGUAAGAGUUCCUCAGAAUUGCCCCAGGGAUUACAAGCUGUUGUCCUGUGAUCAAGAUCAUGACCAGGUCAGGUGUAGAUAUGGAGUAUUCUCAGCAAAUGAGUGUGGAAUGUGCAGUCAACAUGCAGGAUUCACACUGAACCAGGGUACCUGUACUCUGUCAUAUAGAAACACUUCACAACGUGGUGUUUAUGCAUUUGAGCUAGUGAUGGAAGACUUUCCCACCCAAAACAUAAGUCUGAGAUAUUCCAGCAGUCCUUCAGUGAACAGAACCCCUUUCAAUACAAAUCAAUCUUCUUCCAUUUCGCCACUGAGCAGAAUACCUCUCCAGUUUGCUUUGCAAGUGGAAGACCCAGCACCAUCUUGCAUUGAGGGUGAAUAUCUACCCCGGUUCAUCCACCCCACACCUUAUCAUGGAGAGCACAUAAAUGCUCGUGUGAAUCAAGAGCUUGAGAUCAGAGUAAAGGCCUCUGCAACCUUCUCAAGCAUCAGUGAUGUGGUCUUUAGUGGACCCCUGAACAGCACAAAGAGUACCACCACAACUGGGGAGUAUGUGAUUAACUGGACACCAAUCGCAGACAACUUUGGCCAACAUUUUCCAAUUUGCUUCAUUGCAGAAGGUCAAAAUGGGUCUAUAUCCUACCAGUCUGAGAUGAGAUGUGUCAUUGUCGUGGUGAAUGCUGAAGGUCCAAAAGCUAACGUGAAAUGCACUAAGGAUACAAUGACGGUGUCAGUAGAAAGGGCCACUAUUACUGGUCUCCAUGGAGGUCACCUGAGACUGAACAAUGCAUCCUGUGAAGUUUAUUUCAAUAACACCCAUGUGUUUACAAAUUUUUCUCUGAACGCCUGCGGUACUCAGAUAGAAGAGACUGACGACCAUCUCCUCUUCAAGAAUGAAAUCGUCACUUACGACAAUCCAAAAGAUAUCAUAACCAGAAAACAUAACAUAGAAAUUGAAGUCAUGUGCAAGUACGAGAAAAAGAGCAGCAUUACUCUGAAAUUUGAUGCUCGCAGGCCAGCUAUCAACUUCACAGAGAGAGGCCUUGGCUCGUUCAGCUAUCAGUUUGACUUUUAUCAGUCUAGCAGUUUCUUCAACAGAAAAAGUCCAAACUCCUAUCCAGUGGAGUAUGAUGUGGGAGACACCAUCUACAUGAAGAUUGAGCCUGUCAAUCUGGUUCAAAACACUGAGGUCUUCCUGGAAUCCUGUGCCGCUACACCCUACGAUAAUCCUAGAUAUCCCAUCUCUUAUCCCAUCAUCAGUAAUGGAUGCGGGGUUGACAGCACUGUUAGACUCCUUUCAAAUCAUGAGUCUAAUGUGAGGUUCAGUAUGGAGGCCUUCAAGUUUAUUGGACAAUAUGACCAGGUGUUCAUCAGCUGUUCCAUCAUCAUAUGUCAGGCGAACAAUCCAAACACUCGCUGCGCUCGGGGCUGUACCAACGGCACAGUAGCUCCAACAAACCAGCACGUCCACAAAAGAGAUGCUCCCCUUCAGACCGAAAGUCACUUCAUUUCCCAGGGGCCUCUACGCAUGAGGAGGAGUCCAUCACUUACUCAGUUCAUCAGCCCAAGCUUGAAUCUGAACCUUGUUUUCAUCGCUGGGUGUCUCCUAGCUGUGGUUGGCAUGGUGUGUGGAGUGGUGGUCUACAAAGCCAGGGGGUCAAAGGUCAACUACCAGCGUUUGAAAUCAGAAGAGAUUUGAUUGAAUCAGUUUGAUCUACAAUCAGUAAAUAAAAAAUUUCUAUUUUGACAAGUUUUGCUUUAAGACGUUUUUCAGUUAAGAUUAAGUUCAACCAAAACAUCUCUUUAAAUGUGACUAAAAGGCAUUUUAAGCUUCUUCAACUAAUGAUAUAACAAAAUUCAAUACACAAUUAAUGGUGAACAGAGUACUUUUUUGCUCACAUCUAAUUAUCAUGGUGUUAUAAGUGGAGGAAAACCAGUAAAACUGUAUAACAGUUCAAAAAAGGUCACAUUACCAAUAACUCAAUGCGCAAUGCACUCUGUAUUUUAAAACACAUAUUUUUGAAAGAUAUAUUUGAAUAAGUAAAAAAAAAGUCAUCCUUAAGUAAUUCUUGGUUUUGGGGGUCAAAGAUUUAUUUUAAAUCAAAUCAAAUCAAAUCACUUUUAUUGUCACACAGCCAUAUACACAAGUGCAAUGGUGUGUGAAAUUCUUGGGUGCAGUUCCAAGUGUUGAAAUAAAUCAACUGCUGUUGUAUUUCACAGUUGUUAUGCAUUUAAAAAGUCUUUCUUGGGUUUAAAGAUGAUUAAAAUAUGUUUUUUUCCAAA